AUGGCAGACAAUGAUGAUGAUGAAGGUGACGACGACGGCGACGACGGUGAAGACGGCGACGAUGGCGAUGACGAACAGCGUGAGCGCGAGAAUACAGAUAACCAGGAUCAUGAGAUGACGGACGCUUCGCCCUCUAUCCCGACGCCAACUGUAGAUGCCUCGAUAGAGCCGGCCGAUCCCGAGUCUCCUCUGUCGAAGCGGGCAGCGCCGUCGGUGAAUCCCAUCAAUCUCGCACCACCUCACCUGGCAAGCUCAUCGCCAAAGGGCAGUCCUCUCAAAAACGUGGUUCUGCCAUCUCCAACCGAAGCAUCCCCGCAGAUCUCACCUAUUGCAGAGAUUCUGCCCCCCACCUCUUCCGCCGCCGUCGCCGCUGCCGCCGCUGCCGUCGCUACCACGGACCCUGUUGCUUCCACUGCUCCCGCCGCUCCCGCCGCUCCUGAAGUCCCUGCUCCCGCUAGCGAGCCGCAGGAAGCAGAUGUCACCAUGGCCGAUCAGUCUACUGAUCUGCCUGAGCCUGCGACUGAGGCCCCGGCUGAAAAGCCCGUACCAGCUGCUGGAGAUGAGCAGCUGCCCCUCGACACGGUUCCGGAAGCCAUACCAGAGACAUUCAUCCCGCCCGCUGAGAAGGUUGGUGACAUUGCGUCACCUAUGGCUGAGACUAGAUCCACGUUUUCUAUGGCGACAACAGCAGAGACAGAAGGCUCGGGCUCAAGGAUAGAGAGCACUGAUCAGACCAUCGCAUCGAAUGAUGCUCCUCAAGAGGACGCCAUGGCUCUGGAUAUUCCUGACAUGCCCGAAGCUUCUGAAGCCGCCAAUGUCCCCGACAUACCAGAGGCUCCGGAAGCGACUGAUGCACCACCAGUCACAGAGGCACCCCAGGUACCACCUGUUGAAGAACAGCCGGCCCCGGCGGUUGAGGAGGCGGACUCUGAGAUGAAAGAUGACAGCGCCCCGACGCAGCCAACGCCCAUCGAGGAGCCUCCUGCUGCUGCUGCCGCAGAGACAGAGACCAGCGUACCCAUGACUGAGGACGUCCCAGCUGCCACACCUGGCCCUGUGGAGCCAGAGCAACAACCAGAGCCUGCCCAGUCGCCUGCCAAGUCUCCACUGAAGUCUCCAGUCAAGUCGCCCCAGCCGUCGGCUCAGGCCGAGCCUUCCCCAGCAGCAGCGCCAGUGGAGGUGCCCACCGACGUGCCUACUGUGGAACCUGUUGAAGCUCCCGUUGAAGCUGCUGUCGAACCGGCAGCUCAAACUUCGACCGAAACUACAAGUGAGAUUCCAGCUCCAGUACCAAUCGAGCCACCAGUCGAGCCUGCACCUGUGGAUGACAUUCCCAUGGACAUCCCAGUUGAGACUCAGGCUAAGGCUUCCAUUGAAGCCCCUAUCGAAGCACCAGCUGAAGUCGUAGCUGAAGCGCCAGCGGAAGCGCCUGUGGAUGCUCCGCCAGCCCCCGUCGAGCCACCUGUCGAACCAACAGUCGACGCACCUCCUGAACCCUUGGCUGAAAUCCCAACCGCAGAACCCGAAGUAAACCCACCCACCGUGGCAGAAGUACCGCUUGUCACCACUGAUGAUGGCCCUGACCUGUUGGCCGGCUUGGAGACGGAGCUGAAUCGUCAGGCGGAAUUGAGUAAAUCCCCGCUUCCCGAACCACCUGCGGCGCCGCACCCCGAGCCUGCCGAGCUGCCUGAAGUCGAAAAUCCGGUACCUCUCCCCGAGGUCCCGCCGGUUGAGCCAGAGAAGCCUGCGGAAGAGCCGAAGGAGGCUGCUCCUGCUGCCGAUCCGGCCCCAGCAGCCGAGCCUCCUGCAACCGCGGAAGACGCACCAAAGGAAGACGCGGAGAAGAAACCGGAGACGGCAACGGAUGCGUCUGUUGCUGAUGCUUAG